GAACCCAUGAAUGGAGAAUGGGGAAAAACAUGGUUUCACUUAAUUUUUCCCAUUUUCUUCUAGGCUUCAUAUCUUUAGCUAAGAGGCAAUGUGGAUAAAGAUGAUGGUGCUCACUUGAAAACUUUAUCAAUAUGUGGAGGUAAAUUUCAGCAGAGAAGCAGGCAAGAGAGUGGGUAGACCAAACUUCCUCAAGCUGAUGCCAUGAAGUUUUGUUAAUCUUCUUUCGGCAUGCUGAGAGCUGUUGCCUGCAAGGUGAUUUGUUGAGUCAAGAUUCCACAGAGAAAAAGUUGGCAUCAAAGCAUGAGUAAUUGGAGUGUGAGCAAGCAGUACAAAAGCAGGCACACCCAGGAUCUCUACCCAUUUAUCAAGCAUUCUUGACACACCCAAGAAUGGAGAAAAUCCCCAGAUAAUCCUUCAGAUUUUAUACGCCUAAGGACACAAACUGAUUUUGUGAUUUCCCUCCAAGCAACUAAGGAAUUUACAUCACCAGGUAAGAUGUGUUUAAAACGGAGAGUAAAAGUCUACAGUUAAAGAAGACAGGCAACGGAUUCCAGUUAACCCAUUCACAAAAGAGAAGGAAAAAGACAGUAUAAAGCAGGUAACUUUUGAAUGUUGUGAAUACCAUCAUGAUGUGGAUAUUCCUUCUUCUAGCUUCUUCACACCUCCUGGUUGCACAAAGAACCUGUCUGCAUGGGGCCUGCUAUCCACCUGUGCAGGAUCUUCUUAUAGGAAGAAUCCAUUAUUUGAAGGCAUCCUCCACCUGUGGACUUACCCAACCUGAAACUUCCUGUACUCCAUAUGGAAAAUGGCAAAUGAAAUGCUGCUCAUGUGAUUCCAGAAUCCCUCAUGCAUACAAUAGUCACCGGGUGGAAAAUGUUCUCUCUUCUACAGGACACAAGCGGUGGUGGCAAUCUCAGAAUGAUGUGAAACAUGUUUCUCUCAAACUAGAUUUAAACAAUAAAUUUCAUCUUGCUAGUCUCCUGCUGGACUUCAGGAGUCCUUUGCCAGGGGGCAUGGUGAUUGAGCGUUCUACCGAUUUUGGCAAAACCUGGAUGAUCUAUCAGUACUUGGCCACAGACUGUUCUACUACUUUUCCCCGGAUUCCCAAGGGCUUACCUCAGAAGUGGCAGGAUGUCCAUUGCCAGAACAUACAGAGUCAACAUAGACAACCUCAGAAUGGGGGAAAGAUUAAGUUCAACCCUGUAGACCUUGCAUCAGGGAUGAUGACAUCUCAAAGCCAACGGAUUAACAAUUUGGCUGAAUUCACCAACCUGAGAAUCAACUUCACACAGCUGACCCAUUUUCCACAUCAGGGAUACCGCUUACCCAGUGCUUUCUAUGCCUUAAAUGAGAUGCAAGUUCAAGGCAGCUGUUUCUGCCAUGGGCAUGCAGAUCGCUGUGCUGCCCCUGAUGCCUCUUCUGGAGAGCCCAGGGCUAUGGUCCAUGGGCGUUGUAUAUGCCAACACAAUACUGCUGGGCCAAACUGUGAUCACUGUGCAUCUUUUUACAAUGAUCAGCCAUGGAAACCUGCUGAAGAUGAUAAUCCUAAUGAAUGUCAUAGAUGCAAUUGUAAUGGACAUUCCCACAAAUGCCAUUUUGACCAAAGUGUAUAUCAAGCAAAUGGGGGAAAGAGUGGGGGUGUAUGUGAAGAUUGCCAGCACAACACAGAAGGGGGGAACUGUGAAUUGUGCAAAAUAAACUUCUUUCGUAACCGGCGGUUUGAUCUUGGCCAUCCAGAGGUCUGUCUCCCUUGUGAGUGUGAUCCAGAUGGCACCGUUCCUGAUUCUAGCUGUGAUCGCAUAAAUGGUCGUUGCGUCUGUAAGGACAAUGUGCAAGGAGACCGUUGUCAUCUUUGCAAACCUGGAUUUACUCAGUUGACCAACUCUAACCCCAAAGGUUGCAGAGAGUGUGCCUGCAACAUGUUGGGCAGUCGCAGAAAUGUACCCUGUGAUGAUGAAACUGGACGCUGUUUCUGCCUUCCUAAUGUGGCAGGAGAGAAGUGUGAUGAGUGUGCUGUGAAUCACUGGAAAAUUGCAAGUGGGGAGGGCUGCUGGCCUUGCAACUGCCACCCUCAGAAUUCACUCAGCCUUCAGUGCAACAAGUUUACAGGGCAAUGUCCAUGCAGGGAAGGCUAUGGUGGACUGACGUGCUCUGCUGUUGAAGUACAAGAAUGUCCACACCAGACAUUUGGAAAUUUUAGGACUGGAUGUAGAGAUUGUGACUGCAAUUUCCAAGGCACAGAGGUAAUGGGCUGUAACAAACUGACUGGUAGCUGCCUUUGCCGCUCUGGGUUCGCAGGACCCCAGUGUAACCAGUGUCAACGGGGCUACUGUGGCAACUAUCACCAGUGUGACGCCUGCCAUCCUUGUUUCCAAGCCUAUGAUGAUGAUAUUCAAAGGUUUGGCUUACGUCAGGCCUCCUUGAAAAAUUCAACACAGCACUUGCAAGGAGGGACAAUGACCUCUGGCUACAGUACCCGCCUUUUAGAAAUGGAAAGAAAAAUGCAGCACAUUCAACAGAUGUUGGACAAUCCCCUCAUUACUGAGCAGGGACUGGAGCAGGUGGCCAAUGCCAUUGCUACAAUAAGGCAGACCAUUGAAGGUUUAAGCUCUGAAAUACUUCUUGUGGAUGAAGUCUCUUCCCUGUCCAUAGAUAUGGAUGCUCUUGAUAAAAGCCUGUAUCUAAUCACUGAACAAUACCAAAAUAAGAAGGCCCAGUUUGAAGCCAGCCGCAGCAUAGAUCUCUCAGGGGCAUUCAAAACUAUCAGGUCUGCACAUGUCACAUCCUCCAAUGCCAGUGCACGCAUAGCUGGUUCUUCUGUACUGCUCGCUGAGUCUCUAGAAAAGAGGAGAAAUGCCGAGGAGCUCGAAAGUCGUCUUCUAGACCCUGAUUCAGGAUUUGAACUACUGCAGAAUAAAAUGGCUGUUGCACCCAACUUGACUCCAGUCAUUAAUAAGGUUUGCAGUGUUGUGAGAUCAGAAGUUUGCACUCCUGGUGAAUGUAUUGGGUAUCUGUGUUCCCAUCAAAAUGCAAAUGAAUGUGGUCCAGGUAUGAGCUGCAGAGGAAUCCUUGCACUUUCCGGCGGUUCCAUCCAAACUGCCAGGAAAACCGCCCAGGAAUUCCGCAAUUUUAACAGGCAGCUCCAGGAGACUGAACAAAUGAUCAGAGCUGCUGAAAUAGCUUCAAGCAAGAUUCAGACAAAUGCCCAAAAACUGAGAAAUCAAAUGAGCAUCAUCAGGACACAGAUAGAGGCAGAUAUCCAGCGCACUCAGCAGUUCAUUCGUCAAGUUCGCAAUUUCCUAUCAGAUCCAGAUGCUGAUGCUACCACGAUUCAGCAAGUGAGCAAUUACAUCCUGUCCCUUAAUCUUCCAAUUGACACUGGCACAAUUCUCAGGAAAAUCACUGAGAUUCAGAAUUUGAUUGCUAAGCUGCAAUGUCCUGAUAGUAUCAUUGCCCAAACUGCUGGAGACAUAGCUAAGGCCAAACAGCUUCAGCAGGAAGCUGAAGAAGCCAGGAACCAGGCCAGUACUAUUGAGGGCAAUGUGGACGAUGUGCUGCAGAAAUUGAAACAAGGAGAAAUAGCACUUCAAGAAGCUGAACUUACCAUUCAGGACUCUGCUUUCCCCCUCCAGCGUAUUCAAAAUCGCCUUGAAGAAAUCCAGACUAUCCUUACUCCAGCUCAGGAGAAUGUGCGGGACAUCACUAAUCAACUGGAUAGUUUCACUGAGACGCUUGUCCAGUUACAGCACAAGGCAAGCCAGAAUCAGUUAUUGGCUGCAGAUGCCCAGCAACAAGCAACAGAAGCCCAUGCGCGAGCAAAAACCACUCAGCAGGUAUUUGAACAAUUGAAUGGCAAAUACAUGGACCUGAAGAGGCGAAUGGGACAAGGGUCAAAUUUAGGCAUCCAAGGUGACAGAAUUCAAAGUGCCCAUACAGAGGCCAACACAUUGUUGAAUGAAGCAUUGAAUAUGAUGGCCAAAAUGUCUGCUUUAGAAACAGAACUACAGGAGAGUAACAGUGCCUUCAUCCUCAAGUCAGCCAAGCUGGAAGGCCUGGAAAAAAAAGUGGAAUCAAUUCGUGAUCAUAUCAGUCAACGAGUUGCAUAUUAUUCCAGUUGCACAGAUUAAAACAGUUUCUUCUCCUUU